UUGCCAUCCAUUCCUCGGCUCCAUUGUCCAUCACAAACAACAACAACAAUCAACAUCACAAUCACCCUGGACAUAUAAUACACCGCGCAUCGAAUCAGACGCUCACUCCUGCUACUCAACACCACCCAUCCAUCGCAAUGUCCGACGCCAAACUGCAAAAGCUCAAAGUGACCGAGCUCAAGGAGCUCCUGGUCAAGCACAACCUUUCUCAGACUGGAAAGAAGGAGGACCUCAUCAAGCGCCUCCUCGACGCCGGUGUGACGGGCGACGAGCCCGCCGCGCCUGCUGCACCUGCCCCCGCCGCCGCCGCCGCUGCCCCAGUGGCCAAGUCUGCCCCAGCGCCGGCUGCUGCUCCUGCCCCUGCAGCUGCUCCGGCUGCUGCUCCUGCUGCAGCUCCAGCACCCGCCGCUGCCCUUGCUGCUGCUCCACCCGCUGCCAAGCCCGCCGCACCUGCUGCAACCCCGGUUGCCACCGAGUCCGCACCCGCCGCAGCUGUCGAGCUCACGGAAGAACAAAAGAAGUUGAACGCCCGCCGCAACCGCUUCGGAAUCCCCACCCCGCCCGCAAAGCCCGCCGCCGCCGCAACACCUGCUGCUGCUGCUGCUGCACCAGCCUCUAAGCCUGCCGAGGCUGAGGCCAAGCCCAAGAAGGAGAAGGCUAGCGCGAUCGACCGCAGUGCCGCCGUUACCGUUUCUGACGAGGUUCUGGCUCGUCGCAGGGCCAAGUUCGGGCCCGUUGAGAAGAAGGAGCCAGCAGCUCCUGCUGCCGCUGCUGCCCCCUCUGCCGCUGCUAAGCCUGCACCAGCCCCUCCCGCUGAAGCUCCAAAGGUAGCGGAGCUCACACCUGAGCAAGUGGCUCAGGCUGCAGCCGAUGCCGAGAAGAAGAGGAAACGCCUGGAGAGGUUCGGACCCAUCAAGACGGAAGCCGCCAAUGGCGAUGCCCCUGAUGCGAAGAAGGCGAAGGUCUAGGUGAGUUUUGGUUGGGUAUCUCGCAGAGAGUUCAAAAAGAGGCGCGAGCUUUUGCUCGCACUCAUAGCUGUAGAUUGCACUGUGCC